UGGUCCGGCAAGUAUCACAGUCACCGGCCAACAGUUGCGGUGCAAUAGAAAUGGUUUCGGAAUCCACACAACCACGAAGGAGAGGGAAGACUGGCGCCUGCAUCGGAAGUUAGGACAGCAGGGACUUCUGCAGGCCGGCAAAAAAGCAUUGCAACAAAAUAUUGUCGUAUGGGUUGUUGCAAGUACGCUGCAUUUGUAGCCUUAAACCUGGACAUCAGCCGAUCAGCACACAGGGGCAGAUCCAGCCCGGAGUUUUUUGGGGGAGGAGCUGCCGUUCGUCGCCAGCUGGCUGCUGUGGGAUCCGUUGGACCUCGGAUAGUGCAGCCCAGUGCGAAGUUAAAACAGACGCCCAGGGCGUCUCGCCGGCCCCGAUAUAAGCGGGUGCGGGCAAUUGCUCUGCAGUCAGUUCUGCCGCAACAGCAGCGUCACACCUUCGCCAUGGCCUUCAAGCUGAUCGUGGUCGCCCUGUGCGCCUUUGUCGCCUCGGUCAACGCCAGCUUCGGCUACGGCGCCGGCUACGGCUACGCGGCGCCGGCGGUGCUGGCGCGGUCGUACGUGACCCCGCGGGCCGUCAGCGGCUACAGCAGCGGCGUCACCCACGCCGUGGCGGUGGAGAAGCACACGGUGGCGACUCCGCUGGCGUACGGGUACCGCGCUCAUGGCUACGCGGCGCCGGCCGUGGUGGCCAAGAGCUACGUCGCCCCUGCUCACGGAUAUGCUGCGCCGGCCGUCGUCGCUAAGACCUAUGCCGCCCCGGCGUAUGGCUACGCUGCCCCGGCCUAUGGCUACGCUGCUCCGGCCUAUGGCUACGCUGCCCCGGCCUAUGGCUACGCUGCCCCGGCCUACGGCUAUGUGCACUGAACACCACGGCGGACCUGGCCGCCUCGUCUAGAGUCCAUGCCCGUCUGCGCCCCAUCGGCCUCUCGGGCGGGACUGAGCGAGGCGGACGACGUUGCGCGCGGAACUCGACUCCACACCCUCGCCGAUGUUCCGUCGGCCAGUUUGUGCUCAAUCAAAACACGUACUGUUGUGUGUUCAGCAACUGUGCGACCGCACAGUGGCUGUUGUCUGUUCAAAUGCACGUGAAUACAUUCUCAC